AUGAUUCAACAUGUUUGUUAUUUGCAAAAACAGACUAAGACUCCUCUGACAGACAUAUCAGAUGACGGCUACUUGACUUUAAUGGCUGAUAAUGGAGAUUUGCGGGAAGAUCUCAAAAUUCCAGAUGGUGAUUUGGGUACUCAGCUCCGUUCUGACUUUGAUAGUGGCAAAGAACUACUUUGUACAGUCUUAAAGGCCUGCAAUGAAGAAGUGGUUAUUGCUAUCAAAACCAACACUGCCCUUGAUAAAUAAUCUUGUUCAAUGUGAACAGUACACCAACCUCAAUACCUGCUUAGCCAAUCGACACCUUAUCAUUGGUAAAAAAAAAAAAAAAAUGAAUAAGAAAAAGAGUCAACACUUUCAACCAGCAGUAACUUGACAGCGGAGCAAAAGCAUCUUUUUAUUAAAGUAACAACUAUUUACUUUCUUAAUAUAAUCAGAAUGAGAAAAGGAAAAAAAAACCCAAAAAGUUGCAAGUUUCUAAGCAUUGUAAGUGAGGGCUGGGUAUAGGAUUUGAAAAGAAGUGUACACCGCAGUUUUACAAACUACACACAUACACACUUACACGUACAUACAAAAAAAACAAAAAAAACGUUGUUUGUUAUACAAGAGAAAUGGCGACGAUUUCACAUCGAAGGGUUAAAAAAAAAAAUAAAAAAAAAAUUCGAGAAAGUCUUAA